AUGGCUCAGUUCGAGAAGCUCUGUGCUGUUUCGGAUGGGACGAUCGACGAGUGUGUUCAAGCGUUCGUGAACUUGGAAGAGCUCGCCAGGUGGGUUCCGAUGAUAGAGAUACUUUUCGCUCUCGUUCGGAGCACGGCUAAAGCUGGUACUGCAGAUCUGGCGACUGACCUUGGCUUCGGUCUGGCUGAGAUCGCAGUGGCGAUCGAGACUCGAGCCGAAGAUGCCCAGACGUCGCUUAAGGCUCGCGAGCUCGGCGAGGAAGAGAUGAACGCGCUUCGCUCGAUAGUCUAUGAGAGCGGCGGGUUCAGGUCACAGAAUAUCAACGCCAUCCCGUUGACCACGGAGGUGUUGGUGAAGUACGUUCUGGACCUGGCCGAUCGUGGCUGCGGGCCCACUGUGAUUCCCUCGGUUCGGGGAGCCGUGAAGUGGAUCUGCAAGAGGAUCGGCCUGCAGGCACCAGAUCUCCUCGACGCUCGCAUGAUGGCCCUUCAGAAGAGGGUCUACGGCGAGCGCGGAAAGGAGACUCGCGAAGCAGUACCGAUCCCUUUGGUACUGGUGGCUUCGCUCGAACGGUUUGUGUGCGCACGGUUCCGAUCGAGUCAGUUCGUGCUGGCUUUCUUCGCGUGGUGGAUCCUGAUCAUGAUCUACUCUUCGCUGCGGUUCGACGAUGCCAUGCAUGUCGUCCCCGAG